AUGCGUCGACAAUAUUGUCAAUGGUUUGUAAUAUUUCUUCUAUUGAUAUUUACGUUUACAGGAUACUGGUUUGGAAGGCGUAGUUGUUUUUACGAAAUUUUGGACCGAAAUCUGUAUACGAAUCAAGAGCCUGAAAAAGCAAAUACAGGGUUGAGGCUUAAAACGGCAAAGUUUGAAAGAGAAGCAAGAAAGUACGCAUUGCAAAAAUGCUGUCGACCCACCAGUCUCUCUGCGCAAGAAUUAAAAAAUGUAUUGAAACACGUCAUCGUGGACAGGAAAAACAAACUUCUCUACUGCUACAUUCCCAAGGUAGCCUCGUCGAAUAUGAAACGACUCAUAUUGACUUUACAAAAUUUCACAGAGGACAGUAAUGCUAUAAGAUACUUUGAUCAACGUGGCUUCGAAUUCCUGGGCGACGUUUCCCCACAAGACAGAAAACACAUGUUGGAUACUUACUUCAAGUUUUUAUUUGUACGUAAUCCCUUCGUACGAAUGGUCUCCGCUUAUCGGAACAAAUUUCAUGGCAAAAACGUGCAGUUUCAGAUAAGGAUUGGUAAAGACAUUGUACGAAAAUACCGAAAACCGAGUAUUCCGAUAAACGAGGUGAAAGGGGACGACGUUGCAUUUCAGGAAUUCGUAAAGUAUUUGAUAGACAAAAACAAUGAUUUACAAACCAUGAACGAACACUGGAUGCCCAUGUACGAGCUUUGCCAACCGUGUCACAUCAACUAUGAUUUUAUCGGCUCUUUCGAAAACCUGGACUUUGAUAUAAACGCACUCCUGGCGAGAUUACAUGCAUCAAAAAGCGUUACAUUUCCCAGGAAGCAGUCUCACUACGGUAACCCAAUAACCAAGAAGGAAAUUGAAGGUUUUUUCCAAAACAUUGCAGUUGAUGAUUACAUUUCAUUAUACAAACGAUACCUAAACGAUUUUAAAUGUUUCAAUUAUAAAUUCACGACUUCGAAACAAAUGCUAAAUUAAGGUAUACAAAUUGUGAACAUAUUUGAACUUUUUAUAAAAGCAAAGACUUCCACCGUUAAAAAGUACGCAGUAUAUAAUCAUGCAGUAUUUUUAUAGUACGCCGAAUUUGGAUAAAAGAAAAAUUUACGAGCUUUGAAUACGAUGGAGUUAUUUUUGGGGUAUUGUUUUGCAACAAAUGAUCGAGCAUGUUGUAGACGAUGCAUUCAUCAUACAUUAAAUCUAUU